AUGUUUGGAGUAUGUUGUACAAAUCCAAAUCCUGGAAAACCUACAGAGUCUUCCCCAGGAUCAGCUUCUACGGAACUUCCCAUAGUUGAAGCUGAAGAUACCGUUAUAGAUGCAGUACAAACAAAUGAUAGCGCAAUACCUUAUUUUCCACAGAUAUUUAACUGGCCUCCCCCAUUACCUACCCAUUCACCUGAUAAUACCAUUCCACCUCUACCGACACAUCCUCCUUCACUUGGUUUGCCUACCAUAGCCCCUACAGCUUGGCCGCCAACUUCCAAGAAACCUGUAAAUCCAAUAUAUCAGCCAACUGUUAAUCCCAUUUACCAACCUUCUUUUCCGACGUACAAACCACCUACAUACAAACCUCCUACACAUAAACCUACUAGUAAACCUACAACUGCUACUGUUGGUACACCUGUUCUUCCAAUUGGUUCGUGUGGAGCUAAAAAUGGAUAUCAAGAUCAAAAGAGGAUUGUUGGGGGACACAACGCUGAGGUCAAUGAAUGGCCGUGGAUUGCAGCACUUUUUAAUGGCGGAAAACAGUUCUGUGGGGGAUCACUGAUUGAUAACAAUCAUAUACUAUCAGCUGCGCAUUGUGUAGCACAUAUGAGCUCCUGGGAUGUCGCGAGGCUAACAGUAAGACUCGGAGAUCACAAUAUCAAAUCCAACUCUGAAACCAGACAUAUUGAAAAACGAGUUAAGAGAGUAGUAAGACACAGAGGAUUUGAUGCUAGGACCUUGUACAACGAUAUUGCAAUCUUAACCUUGGAUAGUCCAGUGGAUUUUAAUCAGCAAAUUAGAUCAGUUUGUCUUCCCACCAGUAGUACCGAUCCCACAGGAAAAACAGGGACAGUAAUAGGAUGGGGAAGUUUAAGAGAAAGUGGACCACAACCAGCUGUUUUACAAGAAGUCAAUAUUCCAAUUUGGAACAAUCUAAACUGCAAGUCCAAAUAUGGUCCUGCUGCUCCUGGAGGCAUUGUUGAGCAUAUGCUGUGUGCUGGUGAAGCUAACAGAGACUCCUGUAGUGUAAGUAUUUUCCCGAUUUAG